AUGACAAAUGAUCGCAGUUUAACUAAGCUAAUAGAUAAGACUGUGCAAAAGACACAGAUAAUGCCCACGCUAGAUGACUGGAGUGAAAUGGAUAAAAUUAAACAUAAGAUAUUGGUGUUAUCAGGUAAAGGUGGUGUUGGAAAAAGUACUGUAUCAACACAACUUGCAUUGUAUUUAGCACACAUUGGAAAGAAAGUUGGAUUCCUAGAUGUAGAUCUCUGCGGACCAAGCGCACCAAAGAUGUUUGGUCUAGAAUCAAAAGAAGUUCACAAGAGUUCCGCUGGUUGGAUACCUGUCUACGUUGACCCAGAAACAAGAAAUCUAGGUGUAAUUUCAAUUCAAUUUCUACUGGGUGAUAAAGAUACACCUGUCAUUUGGAGAGGUCCAAAGAAGAAUUCUAUGAUAAAACAAUUCUUACAGGAUGUAUGUUGGGGAGAAUUAGAUUAUCUGAUCAUCGAUACACCACCAGGUACUUCAGAUGAACAUAUCUCUGUUACCGAAGAACUCUUGAAAUAUAAUCCCGAUGGUGCUAUUCUGGUGACUACUCCACAGGGUGUUUCAAUUAGUGACGUUCGAAAAGAGAUUAGUUUCUGUCAGAAAUUAGGACUACCAAUCAUUGGAAUCGUUGAGAAUAUGAGUGGUUAUACAUGUCCUCAUUGUUCAGAAUGUACAAAUAUAUUUUCAUCGGAAGGAGGUAGAUUACUGGCAGAACAAUGUUCAUUGCCAUUCUUGGGAAAGAUGCCAAUCGAUCCUUUAUUAACAGUUUGUUCAGAGCAAGGAAAGAAUUAUUUUACAGAAUAUCCAAACUCUUCGACACUUGUGGCACUCAAAGAAGUAGCAACCAGUUUAGAAAAGCAAACUAAAGAACAGAAAUUAUAA